UCAGUCGCCGUCGUGGGAUCAAGGAAUAAAGACGUCGGCCGCUCCAUUGGAUUGUGUCGCCCCUUUUUUUCUCGGUUGAGUUCGUUUUCCAAUCUAUUCCACUAUCUCGCUCUCUUCCUCGCAGGCGCUCGAUGGGUUUUUGGCCACCGGCGGACGACCGCGAACGGAUUGACGAACGGACUGUCAGUAGUGGCGCUGUGGUCCAAAGCCAAUCACACCGGCACUAGUGCAUCAGUCCAGAUUCUGCGGUCUGUGCUGACGGUUGAAGCGCGCGCGGGAAAGUAACAGAAUAACGAUAUUGCAUCGGCGAAAAGUGCAUCGCCUCCCGACCUACGCGACUUUGAAGUUCCGACCGAAGUUGACACCCAUGGUUGAACAUAAAGUGGCACGGAGAGGUUGCUAAUGGCCCAAGUGGAGAAAAAUUCUUCCGCUUUGAAUGACAGAAAACGAGGCACGCUUGCGGUACCAUCGGGUCGGUUCUUCCGGUCGUUUGGUCCAUUAAAGCCGUCCACACCGACAAAUCAAAAUUGGCAUAAAAAGUGAUCGAUCGUUAAAACAUGCGGAGAGGUUCAAACGGUUACCCGCUUGGAUCAAUUAAAAACUGGAACGUGAUUUAGCAAAUACAGAACCAAAGGUGAAGCACCGGAAGAAAUGAAUAACGAUUCAGAUGAAACAGUGAGUUGAAUCAAUUAAGAAUAUCUGUUCUCAUAAAUUAUGAGAUUAUGGUAAUUGAGUGUUUAGUGUGUAAACGAUGCAUGUUUAUUCUGUGUUGAUACGCCCGUUUAUUGAAUCAUAAUUACAUAGGACCGCUUUGGACGGUCGGCUGCUGCAGCUAGGUGAAAUCAGUAAGAAGAUAGUGCUUGUGGAGGGAAGUAGAAGUGGAAAAAAUAAUGAAUUGUGCAGCAGAACAGCUUCGCUAGUCGUUUUUCAAGAGAAGGCUCAAGAGAAGAUCACGGUCCGUGAUCUAAGAAAAGCAAGCAGAACCGCGGUCUUUGUCAGUUCGGAUGGAGAAAUGAUAGUUGAAAAUAUAUAUCAUCAACUGUUCAGAAGCCGCCUCCGUUUGUCAACCCACGUCGCUCAGUGAUGCAAUGCCGGUGAGUGCUGUUAUGGAACAAUGUUGCCACUUCUCACCUGGGCAUAUUUACGCCAGUACGCCGCGUAUCACCAUCAUCCGGAGCUGGAGCAGCUUACAAAUCUGUCACAGCAACACGACCUCCUGGGGAAUGUCAAGCAGGAAUACGGCUUCCAAUAUGCUACCUCCGAACGAGACCACCAAAGCCAUCAAUGUCGAAAUAAUGACGCCCCCGAUAUUCGGAGAGUGAGACCUAGCGGAUCGUCUCAAUCCUGGGUUCUGGGUGUUGGGCAAGGUGCCAGACGACCCCUCGACAGGGGCGGGACUGAGAUCGUAAAUCUAAAUCACUUCUACGCGAACGAUAGUAGCACUUUUAUUAUGCGAUUUAGUGAUAACAGUAGCAGUUUGUUGAUAACCGAGCAAAGUGCUAUCAUUGAGGUGAGUGGAAGUGACGUCAGCACUUCCUGUGGCCACGUGCCAAUAGUAGUCGGUGGUGAAUCCGGGGCUGGGUUGAACGGUAGCGUGGCGGGUGUUGUGCGACCUUCUGGUUCCGGUGGGGCAGGGGAUGCGUUGAGUAUGAACAUCACUCCGGCACUUUCACAGGUCUUAUUAGCGCCCACAUCGGCGAGUGGCACCGGAGCUGUCAUCUCGGCUGCUGUAGCCGCGGUCACCAAGGUCGGAUCGGCAAACGACAACGUGACGAGCGAAGAGAUAAAUUCUUUUUAUUUUUAUGAGACUGAACAAUUUGCAGUAUUAUGGGCACUUUUUACUGUCAUUGUCCUGGGAAACUCGGCCGUGCUGGUAACGAUGCUGCUGAACAAGAACCGCAAGUCCCGAAUGAACUUUUUCAUCAAGCAGCUCGCAAUAGCAGAUCUCUGCGUGGGGCUGCUAAGUGUGCUGACGGACAUUAUUUGGCGGAUGACGGUCUCGUGGAGAGCCGGAAAUGUAGCGUGCAAAGCGAUUCGAUUCGUCCAAGCUAGCGUGACCUACGCCUCCACCUACGUCCUGGUGGCCCUCAGCAUUGACCGAUACGAUGCAAUCACACAUCCAAUGAAUUUUUCCGGAUGCUGGAACCGGGCCCGCCGGUUAGUAGCUGCAGCGUGGAGUUUGAGUGCUCUUUUCUCGCUUCCAAUAUUCUAUCUCUACGAGGAACGGUCAAUACAGGGACGCAAGCAGUGCUGGAUCGACUUGGUAGAACCAUGGCGGUGGCAGGUCUACAUGUGCUGGGUGGCCAGUUCACUCUUUGUCCUGCCAGCGCUGAUCAUUUCAGCAUGUUAUGCAAUCAUCGUCAAGACGAUUUGGGCCAAGGGAGCCAUUAUGGGACCAACCGAUCGAGUCCGAAAUGGGAUGGCAGAUUUGGCGAGCAGAAGAGCCAGCUCCCGGGGCAUUAUUCCAAAGGCAAAAGUAAAAACUGUCAAGAUGACCAUUGUGAUAGUGAUAGUAUUCGUGCUCUGCUGGUCGCCUUACAUUGUUUUCGACCUGUUGCAAGUGUUCGGUCAGAUCCCAGAGACGCAGACCAACAUCGCGAUAGCUACCUUCAUCCAAAGCUUGGCGCCGCUCAAUUCGGCCGCCAACCCACUGAUUUACUGUCUGUUUUCGACGCAGGUCUGUCGAAUGAUAAAACGACUACCUCCGUUCCGUUGGUUGCUCGCUUCCAAAUGGUGCUGUAGAGGGGCGGAUGGUGGCGCACGGGGACAAAUGCGUAACGGAAUCAUACUUAACGGUGGUCCGAGACUGCAAAAUCACAACAGCAGCGACUCGAUGAGAACGUUGACCACAUCACUGACAAUAUCUCAACGUUCCUGCAUUCGACCGUCACGGGUUGUCAUCGUGGAGCGGCCAAAAGUAGUUGUGGCCAUGUCCGAAGUUUAAGCUUAUUUAAUCUAGCAUUUAAGAAUAUACUGAUAUUUCUGUUGAAUGUCGGAACUGUCUGAUAGGAUAUAAGUAUUUAUUGGCUUGUAAAUAGAUAUGGUUGGCAUAGGUGUAACCCAAGAUAAAAAUACAGGAACAACUGUUGUGUGUGUACAAGAGACUAUUAAGUAUAAUUUAUUCAACGAAAAUAAAUCAAAUAAACGUGCUGUGACUAAUACGAAAUGGUUUCGUAAAAUUAGCAGACAAUGAGUUGGGAAGGAGUGUAACUCUCAUAGAAGUGUACAUUUGACUCGAUUACAAUGAUAAAUUAUGUGAGCAGAUAGAUGGUAUCAUGAGUAGGAAUCUCCUUUUCAGUAGAGAGGAAGUGCUGGGAAGUAAGCGUUGGCAAAAACCAACACUUGAUGGAAGAAAAAUACUACGAAAGGAGAAAAGAAACAAUUAUGUUUAAUGUGCUCAAGCUUUGACCUGUUUUCAAGCAAAGCGGUACGAAUUAUGUAUGUUGACAUGACACGGAAAGCAUCAAUCUAGUAUUUUAUUUAGUUACAUUUGCAAAAAUCAAAUUAAGAUAUGACUGAAUAGAUUUUUGUACAUCUAAGGUUCUUAGCUGGGGUAAAAUGGCUCACUAAUUACAUAGCAUAUGUAGCAUUAUGGUUAGUUUUCGAUUUUACUGCAUUACUAUGGUCCUGGUCUAGUAAAACCGAGAUUAAGCACUCAUGAGACAGGUGUCGUAAGUUAGGUAAGUGGGAUCCUGGAAUGUCACCAUAUAUUAAGCAUCGGUUUCCAGCUGAGUUAAUCGAAACAUGUAUUGCAUUUCCGUCUAAAGAAAUUGAUUCAAACGAACAUUCCUUGCAUUCAAACAAAUUCAGACUUUCCGUGUCGACAAGAUAUACGACGAUGCGAGAGGACAGGUCAACAAGCGCAAGAAACAACAGCACUUAGCGAAGCUAAAUGGAGGAGUACAAAUUGUCGGCAACAUGUUUUUACACACAAUCCGGUGCAUAAUUGAUGUUGGAGAGUCCCAUGCCACAGAGCGUCAAACAUAUGUGUGUCUGAGUGUAAAUACGUUCCGUUCGAGUUCCAUUUGUAAACAUGGAAACUCGAUUGGAACUUCAAACUAUGCAAAACCUGAAAACAGUGUACAAUAAAUAUGCAUUCUUUUAA